AAAGUGAAAGGGGCUGAGAAGAUGUUAAAUAGAGAGCAGGAGGCGAUCAGAUCUCUUUGAAAACCUAGCAAGGAGGAGGGAGAACAGGAGGACUGGCAUAGCAGUGCAUCAGCUGUGACAUGAAAGAGAGAACUUGAGGAGGAGGAAAGACAAGGAUUUAACCAUUUUCUCCAGCAUCAUGAAAAUAAUUGUACAAAUCUUGUGCUUUUUUGUGUUAAUAGCCUUGAAUAAGUGUGCAGUUAUCACCGGGGCUUGUGAAAGGGACCUCCAGUGUGGAGGUGGGACAUGCUGCGCCAUCAGCUUGUGGCUCCGUGGACUCCGGAUGUGUACUCCGUUAGGGCAAGAAGGUGAUGAAUGUCACCCCAUCAGUCAUAAGGUUCCUUUCUUUGGGAAACGACAACAUCACACCUGUCCAUGUUUGCCAAACUACAUAUGUUCCAAAUUCAUUGAUGGACGAUACCGAUGUUCAGUAGACUUCAAAAACGUGGAUUUAAUGAAAUGAAAGUGAAAUAUAAUGAAAGAAAAAAGUUUUAUGAUUGUUCCUGCUCACUGCAGUACACAUUAAAUACUUAUCUUCAACAUCCUGUGAGGACAAUUAGGCAUCCAUCUACACAAGCUUUGUCCAUUCACUUAAAUGGGGUUUGGCAGCACCAGUCAGUGAUUUAUCAACACACAGGAACUGUGAUUCAAGCAAACCAGAAGGGAAGUCAGAACUGUAAAUAAGAAGUGAUGAGCUCUUGGUGUGAGCUGGGUAUGUUUUUAUGUUUUGGGAACAAGUAGCUGUCACCAGUAUUUCUGAUCAAACAUAUUAAAACA